GCUACUCUACGGGUGAAAUGAAGGCCUACUCUGGGGCGGUAAAUCGCCUUAAAUCGCUGCGAUAUAAUGCGAUUUUGGGCGAUUUUAGGCGAUUUAAGAAAAAACUGGGACUUUCAAGCACUGCGAUUUAAUGCGAUUUUAGGCGAUUUAAUGCGAUUUAAGAAAAAAAUUUCAAUUUUAGGGACUGCAAUUUAGGUGUUUUCAAAGGAAUUGAAUUUUAUAUUUUGCUCUGGUUUCCUCCCACAAGGCAAAAUUGGCAGGGUGGGUUAGGAUAUAAACACAGUUAGUAAUCAUAGUACUAGAUGUAAUCGGUCACUGAAAAGCCCCAAUAUGGGGAGUGAGCUGAAUAAUAAUGUAAUGUUUCCACACAAAUAUGCAUUGUAUGAAGCAAAAUACAAUUAUUAGAACAUGUAUGUACAUUUUAUAUAAAGCUAGGUUAACUAAUUAUUGUAUUUAACCUGAUUCGCAUAUAAAGCUCAAUAUUCAUGAACAUUUCAUCCAUUCUCUAUUUAGAAGCCAUUGGGGUUCAUCUUGUGGGGUCAUGUGGUCAUUUAUGGCUACAUUAUAUACCACAAAUAUUGUAAACAGUUAAUAUACUCUACUUAAUGGGCAUGCACUACACAUGUCUUAAUUAAACUUUAAUAUCAUUAAUUUAUCUCGAGUUAAAAUUGCAAAAUAUAAUAAAUAUUUGAUUUCCUUGAAAACCACAAUCUUGAGAAACACACAAUUAUGUAUUUAUACAGUAUAACUGAAUAAGCUAUAAUCCUAUAAAUUACCUUGUCACCUGCCCUUGUAAGUGAAAUUGUCUUGUUUUGUAUCAUGUCAAAACGUCUUUACUUAGCUUGCAUUUUAUUUAAACUGUUUCAAUCUCGUGCUUUCUUCAUGCUACAAACAUGUUUUAUAAAACUUUUGAUAUCUAUAUCAUAUCCUAUGAUCAUAUCCCAGUAUCCAGAAACAGUAUCGUCACGCAUUCGGAAACUGUCGGCGUAAUGCCGUAAUGUUUAAAUUACAUGAAGUAUAUCGUAUAUAAAUGGUAGGAAUUCCAAUUUCUAAAUUAUUUUAAAAUGAAAAACAAAAUAAUACAAUAUUAAACAAAUGGUGGUUUUAGGUUCUGCAAACAAACAACAACAAAAGAUCUAUUGUAUGGUAUGUACGAUGUAAUCAUUGUUUUAUUGUUUAUUGUAUAUACAGGUCUGGAAAAUGUAAUAAAUGAGAGUUGCAAAUCGCUCAUAACCUCACGUAUAUUUUUCGUUUGAUAGCCACUAUAAUUAUAACUAGGAGCUAGAGUAUAACCAUGCACAUGUCGAAGUACAACCAUUGUAUACAAUGCAGUGCUCGAUCUUACAUGCAACAGUGCACAAAUUACAGGAUGACUUUAUUAUAUAAAUCAACACUCGUACUAAUUGACUUUCCUAGUCUCCUACUGUUGUUCUAAUUAACAGCAAGUAGGCUUUGAGAAGCCAUGUAGAUUAUAGGUUAAUUUGUAGCCCACACUGUUAAUUUCGGGGAGUUAAUUUAACUCCGGUGGAGUUAUACUGUACCUCAAUUAACUCCAAAUGUGGAGUAAAAUUAGGAUGAAAAUAAUACCACUAGAGUUAAAUUAACUCCCAGAAAUGUACAGUGCAGCCUCUAUAGUCCAUAUAAAAUUGUAGCCCAGCCUCCAUUUACACCAAUCAUGAAAUUAACUCAUUCUGGUAACUAGCUCAAUUUUGUUGCUGGUAGUGUAUGGGAUCUAUGGGUCUUUCAUAUCCCAGAAUUACCUAAUUAUUGUAAAGUCUGCAUAAAGCAGGAAAAGGCUCUGUUUUUGUCAAUGACCGGUGUCUAUUGAGUGACCAAAUAUUGUCAGCCUAGCCUAAUCCACUUAUUUGAUUGCUAAUUCAUGUUGCAUUACUUUUGAUUGCGAAGCACCUGGAUUACAUGAUUUGCCCGUAAAAUAGCAGCAAUUGAUAAACUUGAGUACAUGGACUGAAUGUAUCAAACAGAAUGCAUGUUGGCGAUUUUAAGCGAUUUUAGGCGAUUUUAGGAGAUUUAAGAGAAAUUCGACAAUUUUAACCCGCGAUUUAAUGCGAUUUUAGGCGAUUUAAAGCGAUUUAAAGGAGAAAAAAGAGGACUUAAAGGAGAAAAACAAGAACUUAUUUCAAUCUCUGUCUGAAGUAAGAGCUAAGGUUAUAGAACUUCAGGACGAAAAAUCGAGUCUCAUAACUGCCCUGAAGCUAAUUCAGCGAGAAUCAGUAUCACUAGCAGAAAAAAAGAAAAUUCAAGACCUGGAAUCUGAGAACAAGAAUCUAAGAGCUGCCGCAAGAACGCUACAAGAAGACCUGAUAAGAGCAACAGAAAAAAGCGAGAAUUCGCAAAAGUUAAAAAACGUAGCGAAAAUGUAUCCAUAACACCAAAUACAACUAUAUCAUAUGAGUCAAAGAACCAGUUCGAAGAAGAAGUAAACAAAUCUGCAUCGGAUCUGGAUCAUUCAGAGGCUAGACAUCAUAACACAGAUAUAUCAGCCAAACAUGGAGACAAGCCAAGGCAAAGCGGAGACAAACCAAACCAACGCCGAAGCGGGCAAAAUAGUCGAAAGAUCGAAAGACGCCAGCAAUCCAAAGGAAACAUACAAGAUCGUCAAUCAAAUUUGGACGAACGGAAAGAUAAAAGCGAACCCAAAGCGACAAAACAAAGGCAACCUAUCAUUGUAAUCUUAGGGGAUUCAAUGUUAAAACAUUUGAAUCCCCGACGAAUUCAGCAAGGAAUUGACCAAAAGAUAUCAAUAAAAACCUUUCCUGGAGCUGGUGUUGACGAAAUGACCCACUAUGUUAAACCGACGCUCCAAAAGGAACCAAAGCAUAUUAUCCUGCACAUAGGUACCAAUGACCUGCAAACGAAAUCGCCAGAUGCGUUAAUUAAAGCUGUAACAAAACUUGGAGAGGCUAUAACGCAAGAAAUAAGUGGUAUUGAACUUACGCUGUCGGAAGUCAUCACAAGAAUCGACGAUUUGCAAGUUGCUGAUAAGGUAAACAUUUACAAUAAUAAAUUAGACAAUCUAUGUACUGAACGCAAUUGGGGAUUUAUUACACAUAAAAGUAUCACUAAGACUCAUUUAAAUAGCUAUGGUUUGCACUUAAACCAAAGAGGAACAACUGCACUGGCAAGAAACAUAAAACAGUUUUUAAAAAAUCAAUCCUUAAAUUGAAAUCAAGCCGCGGUCAAGAAUACUGAUAGUAAUAAGCAUACUGAUCGAUUAAAGGGAUUCAAGAUCGCUCAUUUAAAUGUACGAAGCCUAAUCAAGCAUAUCGAUGAACUAAGGCUGUAUCUUUAUAAACAACAAUUUGAAAUAAUUAGCGUUAACGAAACCAUGCUUGACCUGUCUGUCUCAAAUCAAGAGAUCAAAAUUAAUGGUUAUGAUAUUGUGAGAAAAGACAGGAAUAGGCAUGGUGGUGGAGUCGCAAUAUACAUAAGAACCUCAAUAAACUUCAUAAUAAGAGACGAUUUAACUGACGAUAAUCUCGAAACAAUUACACUUGAAAUUUCAAAACCAAAAUCCAAACCAUUCUUAAUUAAUAGUUGGUAUAAACCAUCCAAUACAACACUUGAAAUAUUCAAUGCAUUCGAGGAUUUAAUUACUCGAAUGGACUCUGAAAACAAGGAAAUAAUCUUACUUGGAGAUUACAACUGCGAUUGGUCUCGCUUGGAUUGUAACAGCGCUAACGCUCAGACAAACAAGCUUGCUGGAAUUGCAUAGACAUUCCAAUUUCAACAAUUAAUUAGUGAACCAACGCGAAUUACAGCUAAUAGUAAAACUUUAAUAGAUCUAGCAUUCACCAAUAAACCGGAAUUGAUAAAUGGCUCGGGUGUCAUCCAUCUGGGGAUAAGUGAUCACAGCUUAAUCUAUAUACAGAGAAAAAUUUCCGUUCCCCGUAAAGAGCCAAAAGUGAUUAAAUCAAGAAAUUUCAAACAUUACAACUCAAACAACUUUAAAUCAGACCUUUCCACAUACUUAUAUGAUCAAGUAUUCUGUGAUACAAUGCUUGAUCCAAAUAUUAUGUGGGAAAAUUGGAAAACAAUAUUUCUGUCGGUUGCAGAUUUUCAUGCACCAGAAAGAACAAAAAAAGUUAGAAGCGAGUACGCGCCAUGGAUUACAGAAAAUAUUAAACAAACUAUGCGUCGAAGAGACUUUUUAAAGAAAAAAGCGGUUAAGACAGGAUCAAAACAUUUCCAUGAUGCUUAUAAACGCACACGAAAUGAUUUGAAUAGAUUAAGAAUACAAAAGCAAUUUACUUUACAAAUACUUUAAAUGACUGUGAUAACAACCCAAAGAAAAUGUGGAAAACAAUUAAUAAACUUACAAUCAAACAGUCAAAAACAACUGUUAUAUCUGAAAUCCAGAACGAUAAUCAAAAUUUGACUAAAAAACAUGAAAUUGCAGAUGCUUUAAAUUCACAUUUCAACGAAGUUGCAUCUCGUUUGGUUAAUAACAUGCCACAGAGCUCAAGGACAUUUGAGUCAUAAGUGACUAGGUCCGAUACACAAUUUACGAUACAAAAUGUUUCAUUAACUAAGGUAUACUCUUCCUCCUGUAUGUGAAUAAUUUACCAGACGCUGUGACGAACUCGACAGUUGCGUGUUUUGCAGACGACACCAAAAUCUUCCGUAGAAUUGACUCCAUCAUCGAUGCUAUGUUACUCCAGGACGACAUCAAUAACCUUCAAUCCUGGUCCACGUCAAGCGGUCUCGUGUUUAACGAAGAAAAAUCCAAAAGUAUUAGCAUUACCAGACGUAUUCAACCAAUCCAUCAUCUAUAUAGCAUCAAAGGCAAAGAACUUGCACUUACACCAGCAGAGAACGAUCUGGGAAUUUGGAUUGCGAGCGAUCUAACCUGGUCUAAACACAUUUUAGACCGGUGUACCCGUGCCAACAAACUCCUUGGAUUUAUAAAGCGAUGUUCUGGGGGAAAUAAGCGACGCGAGGACCCGCCGGACUCUGUAUCUGUCUUUGGUUCGGUCGGUUUUUGGUUACUCGAGCCAGGUUUGGUCGCCUCAAACCGUAACCCUCAUCCAACGUAUGGAACGGGUCCAAAGAAGAGCAACGAAGUACAUUUUAAACCUUCCGUACUUGUGCAGUGAGACUUAUCCGGAACGACUUGCCAGUUUGGGCCUCUUACCGCUAUCUUACUGGCAUGAAUAUUUGGAUCUCGUGUUCUUUUUUAAAGCGGUGAACGGCUUGGUCAACGUGUCUCAUGACGUCCUCCCCGAAGUCAUGUCCCAGAACGACCAGAUCCUCCAGUGGCAACCAAAUCUCCUUCCGUCCGGCCAAAUGCAAAACCUCUACCUACCAACGCUCCUUCUUUAUUCGUGCAUCCAGAACUUGGAACUCUUUACCAACUACACUAAGAUCUCCUGACAUUAAUAUUAGGCAAUUCAAAACCGAUUUACAAACUUACUACCUGACAGCCCUGAGAGAAUGCUUCGACGAAGAAAAUCCGAGGACAUGGAAGACUAUUUGUCUGAAUUGUAACACUAGUCGUUACUUACGUUCUGAACUAACUUGUUGUUUUUAGUCUCCUGUCCAUGUACUGUAUGUUAUAUAUUCUGUACUGUAUGUGUAUUUUUGUAUAGGGUCCACAGUAAUUGGUUUACACUGUUGUGGUGUCCCUGCCAUUUUUGUCCAUGUUUAUUGUGUAGAUGUCUAUUUGCUGUUCUGUUAAGUGUUUUUGGCAAAGUUUAAUAAAUAAAUAAAUAAAUAAAUAAAUAAAUAAAUAUAAGUUGCUCUCUACAAUUAAAACAUCCAAAUCAGCAGGGCAUGACAGAAUACACGGUAAACGUCUAAGAGACGCUGCUGAAGUAAUAGCACCAUCCCUGUCAGCAAUCUUUAACGCAUCUAUAAACACUGGUAUAUUUCCUGAAGACUUCAAGAUUGCUAUCAUUUCUCCAAUUCAUAAGGCUGGAAGCAAAACUAAUUGCGAUAAUUAUAGACCAAUCUCGGUUCUAUCCUCAGUUGCUAAAAUAUAUGAGAAAUUAGUUACAGAGCAACUAGAAAUUUAUCUUGAAACUAAUCACAUUCUUGCAGAACAACAAGCAGGAUUUAGGAAAAAUCACUCUACACAAACUUCUCUACUUAACAUCACGAAUCAAUGGCUAAUGAAUAUGGAUAAGGGUUUGUUAAAUGGAGUGAUUUUUUUAGAUCUCAAGAAAGCGUUUGACUGUGUUGAUCAUAAUAUAUUGUUAAAAAAAAUGAAUUGUAAUGGAAUAAGAGGUCAUACUCUUGCUUGGUACCAGUCCUAUCUUUCUAGCAGGAUUCAAAUAUGUAAGGUAGAUCAAACAAUGUCCAAGACAAGAACAGUUAAAUUUGGAAUACCCCAAGGUUCUAAUCUUGGGCCACUUAUUUUCUUAUUAUAUAUAAACGACCUGCCAAACUGCCUGACCUCAUCUUCAGCAAGCAUGUUUGCCGAUGACACAAAUGUUUCAACCAAUGGCAAAACAAAUGACGAACUACAAGAACGCAUUAACGUGGACUUAGAAAAUAUACACCAAUGGUUACUUGCAAACGAACUUACACUUAACAAAGAUAAAACUGAAUACAUGAUUAUUGGUUCAAGACAACGAAUUUCAAAAUUAGUACUAACGGACCCUAAAAUUGAGCUUGGUGAAUCAGUCAUUAAACGGGUUCACAAAUCAAAAAAUUUAGGCGUAAUUAUUGAUGAACAUCUUUUAUGGAAUCAUCAAAUCCAAAAUAUUGUCACAAAAGCUUCAAAAGGAAUAGGAAUGAUGCGACGAAUAAAACAGUUUGUUCCCAAAUCAACCUUAGUAAAAAUAUAUAAUACCAUUGUGCUAUCACAUUUUGAUUAUUGUAGCUUGGUUUGGGAUAACUGUUGUGAUUACUUAAAAAAACAGACUUCAGAAAUUACAAAACAGAGCGGCCCGAAUCAUCACUGGUAAAACUUAUGAAGUUAGUUCUGAGGAUGUUUUAAAAGAAUGAGACUGGCAACCUUUAGACCAACGCUAUAAAACCAAUAAAUCGAUUUUUAUGCACAGAAUACGAAACGAAAAAAUGCCAUCAUCAAUUUGCAACAUGUUCAAAAUUAAAAUAAAUGACAGAUAUGAUUUAAGAAGUAACAAUAACAACUAUGAUCUUGGAAAACCUGAAACAAAUUUUAUGAAAAAGAGCUUCAGUUAUUCAGCUGCAUCCCUUUGGAAUGACUUAUCAACUACAGCAAAAGAAAAAGGCAUUAGCCUUAACAAACUUAAACGUAUUCUUGACGGCACUUGAUUCCUUUUGGUAACUUUGUAAAUAUUUAAAUAGGAUAGGAUAUUUUUAGAUACAAAUGUAGUGCAUGCAAUUAUUAAGUUCGUUAUGUUUUCUCUGUUUUUAUGUGUAUAUUUGUGUUAUUAUAUUUAUAUAGCUUGUAAAUACUGUAAUAAACGGCCUCUUGAAAAACAGGUGCCUACGAGCCCUGAAGAGCUACCGUUUUAAAAUAUUUUUAAAUAAUAAUAAUAAUAAUAAUAAUAAUAAUAAUUUAAGGCGAUUUACCGCCCCAGAGUAGGCCUAAAUGAGCAGGGCCGAAACUCCAAACAUACCACUAUAAAAACUGAAAUUUGAACGGGCAUUUUGCGAAAACAUCCGACGAUAGUACUAACUCCCACGGGACGAAUUUUAACAAACAUUUUUCAAAUUAAUACCAAGAAGUCAUAGCCAGUAAUUACCUAUAUUUUGCCAAUUUUACAUGUAUAAUCCACGCUUAGUUGUCCAUUAACUGACACAGUUAUAAACAGUAUAUCAAACAUAAUUUAUAUUUUGUGAUUACAAAAACGUCAUGCCUCGGUUUUAUACAAAAUGCAUGUGUUAGAAAUGUAUAUUUUAUUUCUUUUUCUACGCGAGGUAGGGAAUCGUUUACAACAAUCUUAAAUAACCAUCAGUUCUUAAUGCUCGUCUUCUUGCAGUAGUUUUCCAAGAGUUAACUUCAGCCUUCAACUGGCUUUCACUGUUCGUGAUCUGUUCGUUAAUUUCUUCGUUUUGUCUUGUUUCGUUUGAGCUUUCUACAACUUUUCAUACAUAAUUUUUACUUCGUUGAGUCCACUGACGAUUUUGGGUUGUGCACGCCCUUUUAUACUAACGGUUGAGGGAUCUUUGUACACGUGAUGUAGCAAGUGGUGUGAUUUGUAUCCAGCCAAUCAACGUUGAGUUUUAAAAGUGUGGGUUGGCGUUGCUAGCUCGUUCCAGCUCUCACAUUCUGUUUAUUUAAGGCGUUGUCGCACUGGUCGAGUUGGUUCGCUGUUCAAUCGAUCAUCAUUAAAACAUGUUCACAACUUAAAACACUCAUUGAAAUAUCAUAGUAAAAACUUCAAACUAUACCUAUGUGAAAAUUACUUUACCUACUAAACUAAAUUCACUUACAAUUUUAUUGAACCAAGAUUUUGAUGACGUAAUGUUAUCAUUACUCAACCGCGCGAAAUAUACCGAAGAAUGAUUGACAGAAAGGCCCUAAGCAUGCACAUUUUCGUGUCAGAGAAGAACCAGCCUUGGACUUUGAAUUAUGUAAACACAAAAGCCCACCAUGCAAGGCUAUCGUCGAACUUUGACAGUUUGACAAAUAAUUUAUCUUGCCUAAUGGACAGAUAAUUGACACUUUUACACAAGUCCGAAAUGAUAUAUACUUUAUCUGCGUUUUACAGCAAAAAUGCGCAUUAUCUCUCCAUUUGACGUAACUAGUAUCUAUAAUUACCUGGGGUGCAAAUUGAACUAUUUUUAUACUAUUUAGAUAUACUUUCGUAACAAUCCUUCCCGCCUGGAUUAAGCUGCCCUCAGCUUUUGAGAUAUAUAAAAAUACAUGAAGAUAUAUUGUUCAUAUUGUUUUAAGCUUUGCGUGGCUUAACACGGGCAUAUUACCGAAUGCCUAAUAACUGAGUCCAUACAUAUAGUACGUGUUAAUGACUAAUUAUAUAUGUUAACACUACAUAAGAGAUUAUACAAGAAAUAUAAUACUUAUGCCUAAAUGCACCUCAGGGGUAAUCUACAAAUAAUAAAUAUAGGUUAAUGAACGUAACACAAUAUAUAGACGAAAAGAAGAACUUUAUAUACAUGAAGACAGAUGCGAAACUGCUUGCCAUCUUAAACUGACGAUGCCUGGGGUAACUGGUGAGAAAUGGAUGGGCAGCGGGGUAAACCACAAUCUACACAUUCCUCCUGUUCAGUCAUGUCUUGUAACUCAGUUUGAUCGUCAUCUAUAUCGUCUUUGCUUAUGUCAGAUAGUGUGUCAGGCUGCUGACAACAGUUACGUUGGUUACGUAUGUAUUGGUAUAUACAAAAUAAUGUCAAUAGUACGAGUGCGCCCCAGAGCAAGGAACCACUUAAACCUCCCAAUACAUCGUGGAAAAAUCCUCCUGCACCUCGGGAAACAUGGCAAAAGCGCGGCCAGACGAGUCUAUAAUGUUUCCUGUGGCUUUUCCUAAACUUGUGACGACUUUUUCAUCUAAAUUGCCGAGGCCAGUCAAGCCGCCAUGCAGUGCCGUACCUACUGCUUUUAUAAUAUGGCUGCCGCCUGAAGAUAGGCCGGAUAAUGUAAUGCCUAUGAUUUUUCUUAUACCUAGCGCAACAUUAUUGUCUUCGUCCGCCGCACGAAUGUUCUCUAAAUGUUCCAAGGUCUCUUGUGCGCGCGCAAGUACAUCCAAAAGCGAGAAUGUUUCAAAUGGCUCAGAAAUGGACUGUAGCAAAUGUGUGUCAAAGUGCCCAGCCGUAAAAUGGAAUUUGAAAAGGCCGGCAGAAAAAUCUUUGAAUAAUUUACCGGAGUUGCUGUACCAUUUUGAUCUACUAACCACAAGUCUCCCGAUUGAUCAGCGAUGUAUGUUGUUGUUGGAAUAUCAAGACACGGAAUUGAGGACACGCGACUCUGAAGUCUACGUUCGGUAAGUGAUAAAAAUUUUAUCUGUUGUUGUGAAAUAACAUAUACUGGAAAUAAUAAUAAUAAUAAUAAUAGUUUAUUAGGACUCUCUUGCAGUUACAGAAACAACUGAAUUAACGAGCACUUUACAAUAGAUAAGAAUAUGUUAUAAAAUAGUACAUGGAUAUGCUUUAGAAUCUAGGCUAUUUACAAGAGUUAAAAUCAUUAUAGGCAUUUACCAAAAUAGUAAAUAGUGCAUGCAUAAUUAUUUACAAUUUUCAUAUAUAUUAAAAAAAAUCUUAACAUAUUAAGAGUAUUUAAAUGUAAAAAAGGAUUGGGCUUUAAUUGUUCUGCAAUCAGUAAUAUUAUUAAAUAGAUAAAAUCGAUCAGUGUUCUGACUCAAAUUAAUAUCAUGGUCAGGAACAACAUAUUAAGAGUAUUUAAAUGUAAAAAAGGAUUGAGCUUUAAUUGUUCUGCAAUCAGUAACAUUAAAUAGAUAAAGUCGAUCAGUGUUCUGUCUCAAAUUAAUGUCAUGGUCAGGAACAACAGGGAUUGGCAAUAAGGGAUGGUUUUCUCGCCUCAUUCUGACCAUGUAUUUCUGACAUAUUUGCACUCUUCUUGUGGUUAAAGUUGGUAGUCGUGCAAAAUUCAGGGCCUCCCCAUAUGACUCGCUCUCCGAGAAAAUUAUCUUUAGUGCUCGUUUUUGGACCGACUCAAUUUCCUUCGAUAGAUAAUCCGGAAUGUUUUGCCAAAUAGGGACGGCGUACUCAAGUACCGGUCUUACUGUGCACAGGUACACUUUCAGUAAAUUCUUUUGGUCAACCCCAGCUCUUCGAUCGCAGGACUCUUAAAGGGUGUCGAGAAUUGCCCCCUGAUAGUUCUCAACACAAUAAGUAUUAGUUUUCUUUAGUUUUAAUAACGUUUAUACGCACUAUAAAUCUCUCACAACACGCUGUCUCAAAAUUGUUUCACAAUCACAAUAACAACUACCGGUAUAUUCCGGAACUUUCCGACAGAGUUCAGUUCGGACUCGCGCGUCCCACGCGUAACAAAACAUAAUAUAUAAUGACAGUUUUCGACACCCUCCCCCCAUAUAGCUUGUAAAGGAUAUAUGUUCUCAAGGAAACUUUUACUGUAAAUUAUCAAGUUCUAAUGUCUCAAUGUUUACACUUGUUCUUCAUUUUCGAUUUCGGCCAUUUCCUGGAUUUUGGAACGCGCUGCCACCGCCGCGUCUCGAGUUGGUCGGAAAACAGGAUCUGUUGGGUUAAGGGGUGGAGGGUCCUCUUGACGCUGAUUGCACGACAACUCUAGAGGGUACAGGUAAUUAACCGCUCUCUCCAAGUGACCAUUUGACGUUUUCACCUUUGCUGCACGGAUGACACCAUCUCUCCCCGGAAAGAGUUCUUCAACUAUUCCCAAUGGCCAUUUUCCUCGGUUUCUUUCAUCAGAAGCGAUGAUUACAACUUCUCCGACAGACAACCUAGACGGCUUCCCAUGGUGUUUCAUGUUGUGCUUCUCUCGUAACGCUCGUAGAUACUCGGUACUCCACCUUUUCCACAUAUGAUCUUUGCAUGUUUUGAGAUAUCUCGCUCGUUUUCUGAGGUCUCGAUUUUCUUCAUGGUGAGGUUCCAACUCAGGUAAUACGGUAGUGCCAACGAACUGUAAACUAUUUGGCGUCAGUGUAGGUAACUCUAUGUCAUCUUCCUGAUAUCCCAAUGGGCGAUUGUUUAAAGUCACUUCGAUGUCUAGCAGUACGUCUUGCAACUCCCUCCAAGUUAAACAGCUGUUUCCAAUUGACUUGCAUAACACGCGUUUUACUAGUCCGACGAGUCGUUCGAAUUGCCCGCCCCACCAAGGGGCGCGACUCAAGUUGAACUGCCAAUGAAUUCUCUCGUUCGCCAAUUGGUUGUGGAAUUGCUCAUCAGAUUGUACCUUCUUUAACCAUGUUGAUGCAGCUGCAAACGUUCCUGCGUUAUCCGAGAAAAUCUUCUCAGGUCUCCCUUUUCUUGCUAUGAGCCGUUUCAGUGUUUGCAGAAAUUCACCUGUUUCCAUCGUUUUCGUCAGCUCCAAAUAGAUUGCUCGACACAGACUACACGCGAACAAUGUCAUAUACGCUUUUCCUUGUGUUUUCUUUGUCACACGAUAUUUUAUCGGUCCAGCAAAAUCUACUUCCACGACUUGGAAUGGACGGGUUACCUUGGGUACGAUCACGCGGUAAGUUUCCCACUGGUCGUCUUGCGACUCGUUUGGCGUGGAAUCGUCGACACCCGAAACAUUUCUUCAUUACUUUCUUCACCAACUGUCUCAGCCUAGGCACCCAAUAUCGCUCUCUAAUUUUUGUCAUAGUCAAACCAACUCCCCCGUGUAAGCUGCGCUCAUGAGCAUCUUGGACCAAUCUUUUGGUGUAGAGAUGAUCAUCGGGUAGAUAUAUUGGGUAUUCUCCUUGCAAUCGACCGUUACAAUACAUCACUCCGUCUCCUUCGUUCGUCUUCACAUUAAGCCGUAGCUUGUCUUCGGUUGCUUGGUUAUUUUGGUUUGAUUGAGCUCGUUUUACCCAGAACGCGUGUUCGUUGUUGAUUUCUUCAGUUAUUAACGGUCCUUUGUGACGGUUUUCUUUUUCGGCUCUGCAGUUGAACACGAAUCGAUGCACCCAGGCGAUAACUCUGAUGGCUUUCGUCAAUGAAAACUUUGCAAGAAGGUCGUCAAACUCAUCUCUCGAAACCACGGCUGCACUGAAAAGUUCUUUCACUGCUAUUGCUUUAGACUCGCUUUCGGGAGUAGCUGCCGUAACAAUAUCUGGAGGCCAUUGACCUGGGUUCACCAACCAUUCUGGGCCGUUCCACCAAACGCGAUUUCCCGAUACUUUGCCUCCCCUGCUUCCCAGGUCUGCUGGGUUAUCAUUUGUAGGUACAUGGCGCCAGGUGAUUCAGGAUGCUCUUGGAUCUUCUUGACCCGGUUUGCUACAAAUUGUUUAUACUGUCCACCGCCUCGUAACCACUGUAAUGCAACUGUGCUAUCAAGCCAACCGAAUACACUUAUCACUGGGACAUCAUCAAUUGCUUGUUGGACAUUGGAUACAAGAUUCGCGGCCAUGUGAGCCGACACAAGUUCCAAUCGAGGUAUGGUGAGAUCCUGUUUUGCUAACCGUGCUUUAGCAGCAACUAAACCAACGUUAACACCCGACUCUUGCUUCGUAAUGGCAUACACCGCAGCAGAAACUCCCUUUUUGCUUGCGUCACCGAACGCAUGUAGCUCGACUUCGUCUACGAUUUCCUGAUGAACUGCUAUGGAUCUAGGGACAGUCACUUGCUCAGGGAGUUCUUUCACCCAUUGUUGGUAUUCACCAGAUAGUGGUUCUGAAAUCUUCACAUCCCAUGGUACUUUCUGUUUACAAGCCUCACGGUAGAUAUGUUUCCCUUUGAGAGUGACAGGCGAAACUAGUCCAAGUGGGUCAUAUAUUCUCGCAAGAUUUCGCAAGAGUUCUCUCUUCGUUACAGAUGUUUCCAUUUUGGGAAUCACUAUGCUGAUUUCAUCUUCUUGCUUGUUCCACGUUAGACCAAGCAGGCUUGAUUGGGACUGGUUAAAUCUGGUUAGCUGCUGUUUUGCAAAGGUUUGAUCAGGUUCAGCUUCCACUUCGUUGAAGUCCCGUUCCGGUUCCACUACACUCUUUUCGCAUUCAGUUUUCAGUUUGUUAUCUUCUAGCUGUGGUUCGUUUGAGUGCCAUUUAUGCAAGGUGUAAACUUGGCAUCUUCGAAGAUCUUUAUGGCACCUUCCUUUAGCUCCAUUUCACUGGCAACUGUUGGUUUCCCACUUAACAUAUCAUCAACAUAAAGACUUCGUCGUAUGUCAGCAACUAGCUCUGGUUCUUGGGCUUCCCAACUGUCCAGGUGAUGUUCCACGACUGCUGCAAGGAGGAAGGGUGAACAGGUUAAGCCAAAAAGUGCUCUUGUAAAUCUGAGUGUUUCUGUUAAAGAAUGUUCAUUUGGCUUCCAGAAGAAUCUCAGGGAAUCUCUUUCCUCUUUCUUAAUCCUCACUUGUAGAAAGGCUUGUUUCAGGUCGCCAGACAAUGCAACUGGAUGAAACCGCAUUCGUGUCAGGACGUUCCACAGCUUGUUCUGGAGCGGAGGUCCGGCAUAUAAACACUCGUUGAGACUAGGGGAUUGUGGGUUUUCUCGAGCAGAUCCAUCAUACACCACACGAAGCUUUGUCGAUUCUGCGCCUGUUCGCACAACAGGCUUGUGGGGAAGGUAAAACUCCUUGGAUGUAGGGAGUUCAUCGGCCAACUCCACUAUUCCCUCUUCCUUUUGUUGCUCGAUUACCUUGUUGUAUUCACGAGUGACUUCCAGUUUCUCUAAUUUGUUAUAUAAGCGAUCAAGUCGGCGUAGGCUGCCUUCCUUGUUGCUAGGUAAUGGUGGGUGGUUCUUCUUCCACAAUAAUCCGGUUUCAUACCAUCCCUCUGGAUCGCGUAUAAGCUGUUCACGGAACUCAGCAUGCACCGUCUGUUGAUCGUGCUCGGGUCUAUCUUCCAGGCCAAGUAUAUCUAACCGACACAAAUCGUCAUAGUCGGUAUGGCUAGUCUGGGUUAACAACAUCUUCGAAUGAUCCAACUCCUUCCCUGAAGACAUUAUAGUCCACCCGAACUUAGUUCUCUCUGCCACAGGCUCUCCCAGCUGACCGACACGUGGUGGUUCUGCCGUCUUUAUUGCUGCAUAAUCACUCGCCCCGAGAAUCAGGUGGACUGGCAAAAAUGGUUUGGGAUCAUUAUCCACUGUGACGACUCCUUCAAGAUGCUUAAAUGACUGAAUUAUCUCUGAAUAAUGUGGAUUGUCAAUCGUAAACAGUUUUCCCCGUUCGACUCUCGUAACUUCCACUUGUAAUUUCUCUUCACCGUCAACAGAUGCAACAUUGAUUGUGGACAAACUAACUUCACGAGUUGUGGAGCCAAGCAUCAUCUCAAUUUUACGCACUUCCUUUAAUUGUGACCGUUUUGGAAGUCGGUCUAACAGGGCUGCUGAAGCAUAAGAGCUUCCGGCUCCGGUAUCCAAUAGGGCACGACACUCGAUUCCCUCUACGUUAACAUUUACUAUUGGAUACACGACUGGUUUGCUACCUUGCUCAGUAGCUAAUAGCUUAUCUUUCAUCAUACAGAUUGAUGUAUGGUGUUUUUGCUUGCACCGCUGGCACCCAGAAGUGCUUCUACAUUCAGAAGCUCGAUGUCGUGCUCCUGUGCAAUUAAAACACAACCGUUUAGUUGCUAGGAUUUUCUUCCUCUCAUUCACAUCGACAACACGUGUACACUCACGUGACUUGUGAUUGCUGUCUUCACAAUAUACACAACUGUGUUUCCUUGCACCAGUGUUAAAGACUUUGUCUGAUCUAUCCUUACGUCUCCCUUUCUCUUUACUACUCUCCUCAUUACAUGGAUUAAUGUCUCUCCAUACUUUCAUUUCCUUAACAAGUUGCGCUAAGCCCCAAUCCUGCCAACCUUCGUGCCCUCUCACAAUAUCGCUUUUUAUACCCGGUAGUUUAUCGAUUACACUUCUUGUCAUCCCAUUAACCCCAUCCUAGAGUCUCUAAAGACUGUACGUUAUAUAAUAAAGUUUUGUAAAAUUUAUCUACUUCAUUUGGGUUGGCAUCCUUGACAACAGGUAACUCCAAAAUAUUCUGCACGUAUGCAUUAACAAUUUCGCUUGUUUUCCCAUAUUCGCCAGACAAGAUUGCCUUCGCUCGACUGUAACCUUCUGUAGUUAGGGGUAGCCUAUCAAUAUCCGUUCUUAUUCUUGGUUCUACGAGUUCUUUCAAAUAUGCGAACUUUGUCACCGGAGAAAGAUCAGUGCUAUCAAUUUCCGCCUUGAAUUUGUUCCAAAAUGGCAACCAGUUUUCAUAUUUCCCAUCAAAUUUUGUUAUAGAAAGCUUAGGUAGCUUCGUUGAACUUGAACUCGCUUUCGCUUCGCUCGGUCGAUUUGCUUCUAGUGCCUUUUGAAAUUUUAGUUGUUGUUCGAAUAGCUCGUGCUCUUGACGUAAUUUUUGUUCGUGUUUUUCUUGCUGAAACAUGAGUUCCUUUUUAACGGCUUCGGCUUUCUCAAUCGCUUGCGUUUUUCGCACAAUUUCGUCUUGAAUUUGUCGCAGUUCUAAAACUUUUUCGUCAGCAGCAUUUAAUUUUUCCUCAAUAGCACUUACCCACUCAGUUAUUUGCUCCUCAGUCUCCUCUUUUACGAAUUUUUCUUCCUCAAUACUGUCCUUUAAGCUGUGACAUGCAUUGACCUUUGCUAUUAUCGAAUUUUCGUGUCUGGAUAUCGCUUCGCUACUGUUCGUUUUAAUCACUUCGUCGCUUCUUUUCACGGUAAAUUCGAGUGUUCGCAAUUUCCCUUCAAGCUCCUUCACUUUUGACUCCAUAUCUCCGUUAAUUUACAAGAAAUCAGUAGAAUAAUCACCAGUUUUAAUGCUUUUUUAAGACAGGUUUCGUUUCCCGCGGUCGUGUCGUUCGUGACCUUAUAUAAAUGCCAAUAUUUUCACAGGUUCUUGCUCAUGUACGAGCGAUAAAUCACACAAAUCUGUAGUUUUAAUAACAUUUAUACGCACUAUAAAUCUCUCACAACACGCUGUCUCAAAAUUGUUCUCAAAAUCACAAUAACAACUACCGGUAUAUUCCGGAACUUUCCGACAGAGUUCAGUUCGGACUCGCGCGUCCGACGCGUAACAAAACAUAAUAUAUUAUUAUAUGACAGUUUUCGACAAUACUCAGUCCAACUGCCCAACACUAGGCAAAAUUUGCCCAAGUAUAUCAUACCGUUUUUAAUUUUUGGGGGUGGGGGUGUCACCCCUCAUGCAUUCCCAACAGUUGCACCCCGGAUGACAUCAUCUCUUAAAAUGUUUUGAACAUUAGAUGAUCCAUGCAGUAUUAAAAAACCUUAUUUUUAAUUGUUAUUGCAUGUUUCAAAAAGGAAGAACCGUUUUAAACCAUUGCGAGUAGUGAAAUGUCUUCACAUGUCGCACGUCGCCCAUUGGAAUGUUUUGCAAGCCCGUAACCUAACAGCCCGUAACCUUUUUCCGAAACCUAACAAAAAUUUUCGAAACAUCACUUAACCACCAAAUUUUCAGAAUUUUUCCCAUGAUUGCAAUUGGUUUCCAGGUCCUUUAUCUCAAUUUUUCAUACCAAAUUUCGGUAAUUAGCCAAAAAAAACCCAACAUUAACAGCUAUUAGUUCUGCAAAACGUAAGGGGGGGGUACUUUCAAUUCUUAUUUCCGAGUGGGGGGGGGGCUGGGGGGGCACUGCCCCACCGAGUGGGGCCUGAUGUUUUGGGAUUAUCUUAGUCAACUGAUUACCUUAGUCCGCUUGAUCUGGAGCAGAAUCCCCUAGCUAUGCCACUGUGCGUAGUUAAAAUAUAAAUUAGCCUAUAAAUUAGCCUAUAAAUUAGCCUCCUGCGCAGACGUUGUUAGUGGCCGAGACCUCUCCUAACGUCUGUUCACAUUCGCUAUACAUCUAACUUCCCGGCAAUUAACCAAUCACAAUCAUGUACACAAUAACUGGGAAUCGACCUUCACUGACCUUCACACGCAAGGGCUAUUUAUAUCAACAAGUCUGUAGUAUUUUUGAAUUUGAAAGUUUUAAUCCGUAUCAGCAAAACGCUUUUCAUUUCAUUGUAAACGAAAAGAAGGAUGUUUUGGUCAAUCUCACAACUGGAGUCAGUGCUGUGUCAUUAUUAGGUUGAAUUGAGAUUGGCCGGAAGGGAAAUAUUCUGUAUUAUAUGGCACACCAGGCAGAGUCAUUGUUGAAGACACUAGACACAGUGAAAAGCAGAAUCGUUUGUGCUUUGGCUAUUGAUGCAUGAAGCUCAUGUCAGUAUGUAUUAUAAUAAAUCCUAAACGUAUAUGUGUUCGCAUUUGUAUUCUCAAAGCCACCGGAAUCGAUCGGCUUUGAUAAUUUUAAUUAAUAUAGUCGUUAUUUUAUAUUGUCUUGAAUUUUUCUUUUCAUACCUUGUCUCGUAUGACGACUAUUAAUAUCUAUUGCAUGUAGUACUAGCAAGUCAUUAUAUCAGUCAUUCUAGUUAAUAUACAUACCCCAAACCCCCUUCAUAAUUGAAAGGAACUUGCAUGCUAGUACUACAGGGUGUCCCAAAAAAAAGUGACACUAUAGAAAUUAUUGUAUUGUUAUAAUUUGAAUGCCCUAGCACUAAGUUGAUCCCACAGAUGCAUAAACUUAUGCUUCUGGAAUUUAAAAUAAAAAAGCAAACCGUUUAUUAGCGUAAUCGUUUUGCUUGACUCGGGCGUUAAAAUAUUUGGACAAAGCGAAAACGUUUUAAAAUGCUUAAAUGUAAAUACAAGUUCAUUAAAUUCCCAGGCGUGUAAUCACGCGCGUUUAAGAGCGGCAUAAGAACAAUGAGAUAAUUUCUAUAGUGUCACUUUUUUUUGGGACAUUCUGUACAUGCAAUAGAUAAUUGAUAGUACGAGUAUUCUGUAAUACAAUGAAUGCAUAAUCAAUGAUGUAAACAACAAUUUUCCAUUGUCGGAAAUUCGUUUGGGAAUAAACAAUUCUUAAUAUACGUGUGUCAGUGCCGGGUGCAUGCAUGUGCAUGCAUGCAUAUAAAAUGAGUUACUUUUUAACUCAACUCAAGUCUUGUUUUUGGACACUCACUAAGAAUGAUAUGGCGGAUAAACGUUUCUCGUUUGUUAUGGAAACCGAUGUUCAGAAAGUUAGAGAUAACAGAACGCCUGAGAAUACUAUCAAACACACUAGGUGGAGCACGAAUGUUUAUAAAGCAUGGGCAAAGGCAAGAAAUACCGAGUUUCGUGAUUUUGAAGCCGAGAGUGAAGUAUUCAAGCGUGUGCCAGAUUUGCAGGAGAUGAGCGUUGACGAAAUUAAUCACUGGUUUAGCCGAUUAACGCUAGAAGUACGGAAGAAAAACGGUAAAGAAUACCGCCCUGAAGUCGUGUAUAGUUUAUUUUGUGGUUUAAUAUUUAAAUGACGUAGCACGGAGAGGCGGAGUGAGAAAGAGAGACUUGUCAACUUCGGAAAACCUCUGUUCAAAACUGAACCGAAAAUGCAAGACUUGCUCUAAUUGUUUUCUGUCAGUGUUUAUAUGUAUUGAUCUAGCACAGUGUAAAUAACAUGAAUCCAUUAUAGUAAAUAAUACAGAAAGAAAUUGAAGGAAAACAAUUAAAGCAAGUCUUGCAUUUUCGGUUCAGUUUUGAACCGAGAUUUUCCGAAGUUGACAAGUCUCUCUUUCUCGCUCCGCCUCUCCGUGCUACGUCAUGUAUAUACACUAUAGUGGAUCGAUACUAUAUGACAAUGAAAGAGAGACUUGGAGCAAGUCUAAAUGAAGAAGAGAGCAGAUGCAGCGACGGUUAGCGAUGAAAGGGUAAUGUGGAAUGAUGGCAUUUUGGGAAUUUGGGUACAAGUUGUCCGACUAGUGUCAUUAAUACGUUAGUAUUCUUAACGGGAAAGAUUGGUGGCAAAGAGCAGCGAGAAUUGACGCAUGCAUGAUCAAUUUCACUUGAGGACCCUCUACACGAAGAGCCUUUGAGUUUCAUUUAUCAUUUUUAUGUUUUAAAGUG